AGAUCAGAUGAGAAAAGACUGAAAGAAGAAAUACAGUAAAGAAGAACCGGCUCGUCCUUUUCGUAGUGAAUAAAAAGAUAGUUCCUCACAGAACGAACCUUGAACCCUAGAUAUCGGCAAAGUGUAUAUUCAGAAAAUUGCUCCAUAAUGAUUUUGAUUGGAACAGAAGUUGUCCGUGGACCGUGCUGGAAAUGGGGUUCAGAAGAUGGAGGUGAAGGAAGUGUGGGAACUAUAAUCAAAGUGACUAAUCAAACAGUCAUGGUAAAAUGGAAAAAUAAUAUCAGCAACAUGUACAGAGUCGGUUCUGAAAAUAAUUACGAUCUAAGGAUAUUUAAUAAUGCGAAUAUCGGUAUUGAGCAUGAAAAUAUUUUCUGCAACGCAUGCAAAGGCAACAACAUCAUAGAUGGCUUGAGAUACCAAUGUCAACAAUGUUCAAUUAUCGAUCUUUGUGCCAAAUGUUACCACGGAGACAAGCACAGUUUAAAACACUAUUUUAUAAUGUACGAAAAACCUGGAUCAACAGGAAUCUUAAUGCCAAAUAGGAUAAGAGAAAAGCAAACCAAUCCGUAUACCGAGAACGUAUACUACAAAAGGCACCUACCUAUCUUAGGUAAACCCACAUAUCAAAUAAAUAUAUCAAAAAAACGUGAUAACAUAUUUCUCAUUGAUGAUGAGAAGACUGAGUGGAAAAUACCCCCAUCUUCCAAUACAUGCCUAACCUGCAGCAAACCAGCUUGGAGAAAUGUAACUUUCAUGCCAUGCAAACAUAAGUUGCUAUGUUUGAGUUGCUCUUUGAACUCCAAAAAGUGUUUCAUGUGUAGGACGGACAUAGAAUCACGGAUGACUCCUGAUGGAGAAACAAUUUCAUCCGAAACGUUUCGUAAGGAGAUGCGAAUUCAAGCAGUUUUGCAACAUUUGACUAACACUCACUGCUGCAAUAUUUGUUUGACGAACAAACCCGAUAUUACGUUCUCUUGUGGCCAUAACGCAUGUUCGAAUUGCACGCAACAACUCCAGAAUUGCCAUAUUUGCAACCAAAAUAUCAGUAGCAAAUUGCAAAUCUUUAAUUGAUUUGUUUCUCAA